CAACGACAACUCUACUGACGACACUCCUCUGUCCCGGUCACAAACCCUGUCUGCAAUGCUGCCUUGUAACGGUUCGAUUCUCACAUGUGCUUCCUGGCCACAGCUAAGGCCGUAGUUAAUUAAAGUCACAUCGUUGGUUGCGUUAGUAAAUCGACUGAGUACGUCAGACAUGACAGUUGAAAUACGAAAUGUCUCCUCGAGACCUCAUCUCUCUCGGGAGAUGACAAGUUUCAUCCAAUUUGUCCUGGAUGCCAUUUUGGAGUUGGAAUUCCAAGACUCUCCACUUCUUCUGUCAACAAAGCAGCUUUCUCUGUGUCCUUCCCAGAUUUGAAAAAAAUAUCUUCAUUAAGAUCUUCCAGUAUUUUCUAUCAAUAUAAUUCCUGAUAUAUACUUAAGGUUCCAUCAAUCUGAUCAGAUUAUCGGAUUAUCAACGUGACUCCUUGUUAAAGACUUUUCUUCACAAAACAGUGAAUGGAAAUUUAGGCUUUCAGUCUCUUCUCAUAAAAUUAAUAUCCUAAGGUGCUGUUGGUCUUAAGAGAAUUGUCAUAAGAAAAGAUUUGUCUCAAGAGAAGGUGAAGGAGAAACAAGAAUACAGACAUUUUUGUUUGAAACAAGAAUUUAAAAUAUUGUUUGUUGCAUCCACUGGAAAAGUAAUUAAAGUGAACUUGCUUUGUUGUUUUGUGUGAAGAAUUAUGUUUUCUGUGCAGUCUGUGGGGAAACAACCACCAUUGAAUUAUUCUGAAGAAGAAAGUGUGGACGAUUCUAGUGCCAUAGCAUGCAACAUUGUUGCCAAUUUUGUUUCAAACACUAGCAAACCACCAGCCAAGAGAGAUAAACCUUUCAAAUGUGGUAUUUGUCGAAAAGGGUUUACGUUGAAGGCUUAUUUGAGUCGGCACCAACUUGCUCCGGAGGCUGGCAAACAUUUCAACUGUCCAUUUUGCUCAAAAGUAUUUCCUCAGAGAGACCGUCUUGACAAUCAUCAACGAACUCACACGGGAGAGAGACCUUUCACCUGUGACGUGUGCACCAAAGCUUUCUCUCAGAAAUCUCACCUGAACACACACAAGCUCAUCCAUACAGGUGUGAAACCCUAUCACUGUAGUUUGUGUCCGCGUGCGUUCUCACAGAAGGAUCAUUUGAUCAAACACCAUCGGACACACACUGGGGAGAAACCGUUCCACUGCCUCGUCUGCAAAAAGGCUUUCAGCCAACGCACGCACCUUAAGAAACAUGAGCUGAUCCACGCCAAUGGUGGCAGUGGCAAACGAGGAGGAGGAGGAGGAGGAGGAGGAAAUGUAGCCAAUCAGUUUCAGCAGCAUCAUCAUCAUCAUCACCAUCCACAUAACCAUCAACAUCAUCACCAUCACCAUCACCAGCACACACCUGUCAAUACGACAAAUUCAUGUCCUCACCACAUGCCAGCCUCACAACAGCAACAACAGCAGCAGCAGCAGCAGCAAUCACACGUGACUGGAUCCUGUCCUCAUCACACUCCGCAACAACAAACACAGCAACAACAACAGCAGCAGCAGCAGCAACAACAACAACAACAACAGCAACCGCAACAGCCACAACAACAACAACCACCACCACAGCAACAGCAACCGCAACAACAACAACAACAACCAUCACCACAGCAGCUACAACAACAACAGCAGCAACAACAUCAAGCUAACUGUACAAUUGCGAUGAACAACAAUAAUUCUACUCCGCCGCCAUCAUCAUCACCUCCAGCCGUGACCCAUCAACUUGGUCCUCGACCCGAGAGCAGUUACUCCGCUUGGAAGAGAAGUCUACAGCCUGGCACCAACUGGAAUUCUUCUAACUGGUCAGCUAAUACACAGUCCCCUUCGUAUGGCGUUGGUCAAAGUAAAUGUGAAAACCAGGAGGCAGUUCAUAGUAUUCAGACCUUGCUACAAUAAGACUCCCACUCCCUCUCUGUCUCAUCCUCUUCCUCCACCUCCUUUAUGAACUCAUUAAAUCCCUCAGUAUUACUACGUCAGCCAAGCAAACACUAAUGAACUACUGAUGUGACAGCAAUGAUGCCAGGGUCAAAGACCCCUAAAUUGAACAGUUUCUCUCAGAAUAUUUAAACUGACAAUAGAGGGGUUGCCUGUGAAAUGUUUUAAAAUCCUCUUUCUGCUAUGCACACACACACACACACAUAUGCAGAGACACACAAACACAUUCCUACAUGCAUAUGUUCAUACAUGGACACAAAUAUACAUGUGUGUGUGUAUACAUUCAAACAUAUAUGCAGACAUGCUCUAAAGUUGUAAUUCUUAAAAGGUAACAUACAGUUUAAUCUCACAAACUAAUCUCUCUCUUGUCUCCACAUACACACUAUGAGUGUGUGUGUAAGUAUAUAUAUAUAUAUAUAUAUAUAUACAUAUACACUCACACACAGACAAACAAGUAGAAAAAGAAGCAAAUACAUUCUGAAGUUUUAAAGUGUUUGUUAGAAGGCAAUAUAUAUAUGUAUGUAUAAUGUAACUUUAUAAACUAGUCUGUCUUGUAUUCACAUUAUUAUUUACACACACAAACACACACGCAUAGAAUUAUGUAACCAAUUAUAUGUAUACAUACACACACACAUGAAGAGACAGACACAACAAAAAAACAGAGACUUGGGGACUGAAUCACUUCAUCGGAACUUCUCAGUGCUUUUUAAUUUGGCUCUUUUUGCAGAAAUUUGUUGAAAAUCUGCCAAAGUUUAAAACCUGGAAUUGAGUGAAGUCUGAGGAAAUCAGGGUCCACGAAAAUCUAUCGGGGAUGAACAAAGUGGUAGCCAUGUUAGGAAGGGAAAAAAAAUGUUGAGGGAUCUCUCUAGGGGAGAUUUACACUGAAGGGGGUAACACUGAGAGAGGGAGAGAGAAGUAAUGGACUUUUGAGGGGGUCCAAUGCAAGUCACAGACAAUUUUAGGAGGAGGGGGGGGGUAGAGUUCAAACUGGAGCGGGGUGGGGGGAGGUUCAAAUGGGUGCAAGUGUGGGGGGGAUGAAGAUAAUAAUUGCUUCAGUUGGCAAGGAAUGAUUUUUCUCUAUAUUUCUUUCUCUCUCUCUCUCUCUCUGUGUAAAAAAUGGCAGGUUGCGAAGUGUGACAGGGCUUGGAACAUGUUAGGCAAAUGUAAAGAAGCAAAAGAGGAAAGACUUUGAUCUGAUCUGUUUGAUACGUAAAUGAUUGAUUGGUUUAUACAUGUAAUAGAUGAUGAUGAUGGUGAUACUCGUGUAAGAAAUUGGGGGGGGGGUUGUAAGUGAUGAUGUUUGAGGUAGGGCUAGAAAGACAUGGAGGUAGUUAGGUCCAGAUCUCCGACAAACUCUACAUGCUACAUUGUUGACCUGUUGAAGCCAUAUUAGCAGAGAUAAGUGAUUAGGUGAUUAAAACUCGUUAUGGUGAAAAUGAUGUAUUUAUGCAUGUAUGAAUUUUUUUCUGUCUUUUUUCUUUCUUUCUUUUUUGCCAAUUUCCAUUUGAUUACAAGUCUUGUAUUUUGUUAAUACACAUUUCAUUGCUCUCGUCUGCUUUAGAAGCUUUCUUCUA